AUGGUAAAAUCAGAGGUGUCGAUGCUGCUUACUUCAAUGAAGUGUGGCUACCGAUCCAACUUUCGUUUCUCCCAGGACGAUGCCAAAAGGGCUCUUCUUGACAGUUUGACAUCCCUCCGACGCACGUUAAAUGACGCCCCAGAUUUGGACUCUCUCAAUCCUUUAACCUACCUAACUCCUUUCCUCGACGUUAUUCGUUCGGAUGCGACCACCGGUCCAAUCACUGGUCUCGCUUUAACCUCCGUGGAAAAGUUUCUUGCUUACGGCCUUCUCGAAGUUCGUCCAGAUAGCUCUAAUGCCUCGCAAAGCACUAUCGGCAUUGCUAUGGAGACGAUCGCGGACGCCGUGAUUCAAGCCCGUUUCAUCCGAAGUCGUCUAAGUUCAGAUGAGGUGGUAUUGAUGAAGAUCGUUCACCUCCUUCGCACCCUCCUUCUCAUUCCCUCCGGCUGUCUUCUCUCCAACAUGAUGGUCCGUGAGAUCCUCCAAAAUUGUCUUCGAAUCUGUCUGGAAUCGCAAUUGUCGGAACUGCUUCGACGCACUGCGGAACACUUCCUUGCCUCGAUUGUGCAAUUAUUCUUCUCUCGUCUGCCAGCUCUCCUUCUGGCUGCCGAAACUAGUCAUCAGGACGAGGAGGAGGGGGACUUUUGCAUAAGCAACGAAAGACUUUCAAGAAAAGGGAGUAGGAGGUCAACGAUACACGCGGAGACGUCGCUAGAUGGAGGAAACUCCGAGGCUAAUCAGGAGGAAGUUAAAACAGAAGGCUGUCAUCCUGCGACAACGAGACACAGGUCUGCCGAAACAGUACUGGAAGGUGGUCCUGAAGCCCCAAUCUCCACUUCUUUUGACACGUCAGUAAGGCGGCGGCUCGUCAUUCUGUUCCAUCCUCAACGGGAUCUGGUGAUGCGGCAUUGGUAUCCUGAAGAGAUUCAUCACUACAGUCGAGCUGUUGACUCGAAAUACCACCUCUUAACUACGGCGCGUUGCCCCUUUUCCAACAGGCUCAACGAGGAGCCAGUUUGUGCAGCCACGGAGCCUAGAGAUCCUUCGGCAGAUAAAUACCCACUUCGAGACGAGAGUAUUUGCAGUUUGGGUGACCACUUGGUUGCGGAUCGGCAGACACCGACGCCGACAGCAGCAACGUCAGCUGAAGUUCAACCGUUGCCGUCACCUUCGUCACAUUCACCCGUCUCCUUCAGCGUGGAAAUCGGUCAGGAGGCCGAGGAACACCUAGCUGAGGUCGAAGACAUAGAUACCUCCAACGAGCACAUCUGUCGUCCCUACAAUCUCCAAGCCGUACACAACCUCUUUGCUCUUCUCGUGAACCUCCUCAACCCGGAGGAACACCAGGAAGGAGUGAUUAAGGUCUCCCUUAACCUCCUCACCGUGGCAAUGGAGACAGGUGCGGAUUUUUUACAUGCCUGUCCUGCUAUUCUCCGACUGGUGGCCACUGAUAUGACCAAGUACCUCAUGAUGCUGCUUUAUCGCGAACGCAUCCCCCUUUUCGCCGCAACUCUGCGUCUUGCCUUUCUGCUCUUUGAGGCUCUGCGGAUGCAUCUGAAGUUGCAGCUUGAGGUCUACUUUCAACGCCUCAUUGCUCUCAUCUCCUCUGACAACGAGCGUAUCACCUACGAGCAUCGUGAAAUCGCCCUAGACGCUGUUGUCCAACUCUUCCUCCUCCCUGGAUUGGCUGCGGAGAUCUACAUGAACUAUGACUGCGAUCCGUACUGCUCAAAUCUCUUCGAGGAUAUCACAGAGAUGCUCACCAAGAACGCCUAUCCUGUCAACCGGCUUGUGAGCAUCAAUAUCAUUGCUCUAGACGCUCUCCUCGCCGUGAUUGACGCCAUUGACAUCCAGACCGGUGAAAGUGAUGCGGAAGAGGUUGCAGAAAAGACGAUUACGCGGCUGACAGAUUUCAAGCGGUCAAUUGUGCGACCGAACCGACAUUGGAUUCCCUCUUCAGUCAUUCCAACUCACGAGAAUCUGGUAGCGCAGAAGACUCGUAAAAAGCUACUGAUGAGCGGUUCAGAUCGAUUCAAUCUGAAACAGAAGGAUGGAAUCGUGUUUCUGCAGAAGAAUGGUCUCCUUUCCGACCCGCUGGAUCCAGUGCAAAUAGCUGCUUUUCUGGCCGAGAACCCGAGGUUGGAUAAGAAGAUGAUUGGUGAAUACUUAGCCAAUCGUAAAAAUACCGAUAUUUUGGUGGCGUUUGUCCGGCACUUCAACUUCCGAGGCACGCAAAUAGACGAGGCCCUUCGUGCCUACCUUGAGGCCUUUCGCAUUCCCGGCGAGGCCCCACUGAUCCAACACCUCAUGGAGUCCUUCGCCGAGCAAUGGUACGAGGCCAACGAUGCACCCUUCGCCAACGUGGAUGCCGCUUUCACACUAGCCUAUGCGCUAUUGAUGCUUAACACCGAUCAGCACAAUCCCAACUCCCGGCGACAGAAUGUCCCAAUGACCUGUGCAGAUUUUAAACGUAACUUAAAGGGGAUGAACGGGGGCGGGGAGUUUGAUUCAGAGCUGGUGGAGUCUGUAUAUAAGAGCAUUCGGGAGAGGGAGAUUGUGAUGCCGAGUGAACAGACGGGCUCAGUGAGGGAUAAUUACUUGUGGAAGUGCCUGGUCCGGCGCAGCAGCCAGUCGUCCUUUCAGCAUUAUGUGCACCUGCCACCGGGCCAAUUCGAUGCCGACCUCUUCACGAUGCUCUGGGGCUCAACGGUGGCUGCGCUCUCCUUCGUCCUUGACAAGUCGACCGAUGUGGCAUUGCAGGCCAAAACAAUGGCCGGCUUUGUGCGGUGUGCACGCAUUGCAGCGCAUUUUCGUAUGACCCAGGUCUUUGACAACCUCAUCAUCUCGCUCUGCAAAUUCACUCUCCUGCUCAGUCCUAAUGAAACAUCGGAGUCGGUUGGCGUGGCGCUGGGGCGAAGCUCGAAGGCCCAGAUGGCUACUCGUCUAGUCUUUGCACUGGCCGCGACUCACGGGGACAUGUUGAGGGAGGGGUGGCGCUCCAUCCUCCUAGACUGCCUUCUGCGCCUUCUGCAUGCCCACCUCCUCCCACCCGGCCUGGUCCGUCCACCUCACUUCCUAUCCGCCGGCACUUCUUCCGGUUUCUCCGCAGCUAUGGACUCGAGCGAGCAUCUUAAUGAUACCGGCGGUCGUUCCGAUCGCGGUGUAUUGGGCUCAUUAUACCAUUAUCUAACCCUUGGAUCCUCAACCAAUUUGGAGCCACUUUCCUCACCCCCACUUGACACACGCGACGCCCCGCAAAAUCCCUUCGAGGAGCCUUCCACUCCCUCUCAGCCCCGGUGUUUCUCUAAUGCCACGGGUCUCUUUCGGCUCAUGGACGAAUCCGCCAUAUCCGACGCUGCUGCACUUCCCUUCACGUUACCGCAGUCCGUUCACGACGAUGAUUUCGCCGCCAUCCAGGCUGCCAAGACAACCGUAGAAGCCUGUCAAAUAGACGCCCUUUUCGAGGAGUCUAAGUUCCUCAUGCUGGAAUCGUUGCAGGAGCUCAUUAAGGCUCUUCUCUAUGGGUUGACUAAUGAUGGUAGGGGUACUGACGCCUGCGAAUCCGUUGUUCCAGAUACUGUGGGAGGUGAACGAAGUCAGAUCUUCUGUUUGGAGCUGCUUUUACAAGUGCUCCUCUACAACAGGGAUCGGAUUGACCAACUCUGGCUCAUGGUCCGAGGGGAUUUGGUGGCGAUUCUGAGGAGCGCUCGAGAACCGACUGCCCUAGUAGAAUGCGUGGUGGCUGGAAUGCUGAGAUUGGCUCUGCAGUUAUUGCGUCGACAGCAGGACUUGGCAACACAGAUUUUUGCUUGCUUGCUCACCAUUCUUAAAGAACGCGGCGCCUACCUUCUCCGUCCCCCCUCCUCCCCCUCUCGGUCUACCACCCUUACCUCUUCCACCGCUACUGCUACCAGUGUCACCCCCGGCAGCCGUCGUCUGCUACACCGCCAUCGCUCUUCCGAAUUCACGAAAGCGGCAAUCGACGACGGAGGCAGCAGUUCCGUGGCCCGACAAGUGGUGUGGGGAGUUGACGCGCUACUAUCAGAGGAGGGCGGAGCGAUGGCGGUGGAGGUGCCCUCGCCACAAGACUGGCAACUCAUUCUCGGACUACUCGAGGUGUGCGGUGCGGGAGCCUUUCCAAUUACUCCAGCGGAGUUAGAAGGACAAGCGUGGGAUCAUCGACAGGGACAGCAUCAGGAGGAGCCGAGGGGAAUGCGGAGAGAGGAUAUGUAUUCCAGCCUCCAGAACGUGACAGCCGAUGCUGGAGCCGAGGUCUCACGCGAUUUUGCCAGUGACAGCGAAAGCUGCGAUGUCAAAGUGGAGGCCCUUCGGCAACAUCCACCAACCAGCCUCAAUGGAGGCGUCGGGGCAGGAGUUGAGUCCUGGGUGCUUGUCAAUGUUGUGGAUAGGCCGGAGACGACAGAAGCCGAAAAGGGGAGAGGAGUUGCAAACGAGGAUGCCAAGAAGGAAAAAGCUGUCAGUGGAGGAGAUCUAGUUCCCUCUUCACGACUCCGUCUACCCAUCGUAAUUGUCUUCCAGGACUGGUUUGCUCUCGAAAAGGCCUGCGGUUCCAUCGCCUUUGUCGUCCGCGAUCCAGCUCACAUCACUCCAAACAAUAUUGAGUACUGCGUCCACACCCUGCGAGUGUUUAUUGAAGCGGUUUUGACACCACCGAAGCCAUCCAUCAUACGCAAGACGUUGGCCAACGGCACAAACGAGCGUGUCUCACCGCCUCCCUUCGAUUUUUCCGAGGGUCGACCUCCAGAGCCGUUCACCAGUGGAAUCGCCCUUCAGCUUCUCGACCUCGCGUAUACCCUCUUCAGUCGCGCACCCUCUAUCUAUGCAGAGUGGACAAAACCGACGGAAGUAGAAGAUGGCAGGGAGGUGGAGUCAACGGGAGACAUGAUAGAUGCAAGUAUUGACUGUCUCUGGCCCUCCUGUUGGCGAGCCUUACUGCAGGCCAUUGCGCGUCUCUGUGUGGAUGCCAGACGCGAUGUUCGUGCUGAUGCUCUCGCGUUCCUUCAACGCGCUCUUCUCUCCCCCAUCCUGCAUCUGUUGACGGGUGGUACGUCAGCCGCUUUCACCACUGCUACUGGUGUCGGCGUUGCCAACCGAGUAGGUCGUGAUUCUGGAAGUCAAGGCAACCUCUCCACCGUUGGUUUCUUUUCCAACAUCUUUGGUGGAGGCAGCGGCAACAGCGGAGGGGUCGAGUCGGCUCCAACAGUUCCCAUGGUGCCCGGGGCGCUUGCUGAAUACACAGAUCCUCGAAUGCGUGCUAUUCCAUUGUUGACAAAGGUCUUUCUUCAACAUCUCAAUCCGCUUUACGCGCUAGAAGCCUUUCCACAGCUAUGGGAACGUAUGUUGACCUACAUGGAGAGGUAUAUCAAGGCCAAUAUCUCUGACUCUUUGAAUGACGCGGUUCGCGAGUCGUUAAAGAACCUCCUACUGGUUCUCUACACCGGCACGCAGGACACCGCGCCAAUUUUGGUGCGAGACGCGCCGGAGGGUUCUAGAGAGGCGCUGUUGUGGUUCCAAACAUAUACCCACUUGGAGAGAUUUAUGCCAAAUCUGAUGGACCAACUAUUCCCACCACCACCCCCACCCCCACCGCCACCGGAAGCAGUGGCAGGAACAACGGCAGCAGCAGUAGCAGGAGUACCUACUCCUGGGGUUGCCGAGUCUGCUCCACCAUCAAAUCCGACAUCUCUAUCGACUGAGGUCAAAUCGUCCGAACAGGCAAUCCCGCCCACCGAAGCUCCCCACUAUCCAACCGGCGAAGUUCGGAUCCAGCUGCCCAUGGAGGAGAGCGAUUAA